CGCGCGAGUUCAGCCGGCUUUCAAACCGGAAUGUGUGAGAGAGAGCUUCAGUCAGCGUGUUUAACCAUGGAGAACCGGAUUAAACGGCAGAGAGUGGACGGAGAGUGUGUGAAACCGAUUAAUAACGGAGAGUUUGAUCACUGGGACGUCGAAGACACGGUGACGUAUCUGCGGGGAGAAGGGCUGCAGGAAUGGGCGCAGAUGUUCAGAGAUCAUGGGAUAACAGGAGCAGGCCUGCCGUGUCUGACUGAGGUGCACUUGGAGAAGAUGGGGGUUUCGCCUCUGGGAGCGCGGCUGCACAUCCUCCACUGCCUGCAGAAACUCUGCCAGAUCUCAGCUGAACCCAUGAAGGUGUUUAAUGACCCCAUCCACGGCCACAUUGAGCUGCACCCGCUGCUGCUGCACUUCAUAGACACUCCUCAGUUCCAGCGGCUCCGUCACAUUAAGCAGCUCGGAGGAACCUACCUGGUGUUCCCCGGGGCGUCCCACAACCGAUUCGAGCACUCCAUAGGGGUGGGUUAUUUGGCCGGGUGUCUGGUGAAGGCUCUCAAUGAAAGGCAGCCAGAGCUGUUCAUCACAAAGCAAGACGUUCUGUGUGUGCAGAUCGCUGGAUUGUGCCAUGAUUUGGGUCACGGCCCGUUUUCUCACAUGUUUGAUGGCAUGUUCAUCCCUAAAGCUCGACCUGCUGACAAAUGGAAGCAUGAGAUGGCCUCAGUGCAGAUGUUUGAUCACCUGGUGCAGGUAAACGGGCUGGAGGCGGUCAUGCUUCAGCAUGGGAUGAGGCUUCCUGAAGAUCUGAUCUUCAUCAAGGAGCAGAUCGCUGGACCACUGGAGAGCGUCGUGCUGGACCAGUCGCAAUGGCCGUAUAAGGGUCGACCGGUGGAGAAAUCCUUCCUGUACGAGGUCGUGGCAAACAAAAGAAACGGCAUUGACGUGGACAAAUGGGAUUAUUUUGCGAGAGAUUGCUAUCAUCUGGGAAUCCAGAAUAACUUUGACUACCAGCGCUUCCUCAGGUUUGCACGCGUGUGUGAAGUGAGAGGAAAGAAGCACAUCUGCACCAGAGACAAGGAAGUUGGCAACCUGUAUGACAUGUUCCACACCCGCAACUGUCUGCACCGCCGGGCGUAUCAACACAAAGUGGGAAACAUCAUCGAGACCAUGAUAACAGAGGCGUUUUUAAAGGCUGAUCCUCAUAUCCAGAUCCAGGGCUCUUCUGGAAGGAUCUUCACCAUUUCUUCAGCUAUAGAAGACAUGGAGGCCUACACCAAGCUCACAGAUCAUAUCUUUGAGCAGAUUCUCUACUCGUCUGGGCCAGAGCUGUCCGAGGCUCGAGCCAUCCUGCAAAACAUCAUCUGCCGCCGGCUGUACAAGUGUGUGGGACAGACCACAUCCGAGACCAACGUGGACGUCUCACAGGAAAAGCUGCUGGACUGGGCGAAGGAACUGGCUCGCUCUAAACCCGCCGGCACUGAGGGAAACCUGAUCGCUGAGGACUUCGUAGUCAGUGUCAUUCACAUGGAUUAUGGGAUGAAGGAGAAGAAUCCCAUCAACAACGUCCACUUCUACUGUAAGAAUGAUCCCACCAAAGCCAUCAAGAUCCACAAGAAGCAGGUGUCUAAACUCCUGCCGGAGCGCUUUGCAGAGCAGCUGAUCAGGGUUUACUGUAAGAAGACGGACAACAAGAGUCUGGAAGCUGCUAAAAAGUACUUUGUGCAGUGGUGCAUGGACAGAAACUUCACCAAACCACAGGAUGGAGAUAUCAUUGCUCCAGAACUCACUCCACUGAAGCAGGACUGGCACGCUCGUGAGGAUGAGGACGAAGAUGAGGAGGAGAAGCACAGACAAAACCAGACUCUUCCUCAGCACACGCCACAGAGGACUGGGAGAAACGUAAAAGUCAACCUUUUUCAGGCUCGGGGCGAAACAAAACUCUGAAUAACACUGCAAAACAUGCUUCAAACUCCUGUUUCCAGUCCAAACAUUGAAGAGUUCUGAAAUCAUGAAGCAUUUUCUGGACAAAUAGGAAGUAUAGUCAUGUUUUCAGGCUAUAGUUUGCCCUUAAAACAAGCAAAAUAAUCUGAAAAUGGGGAAGUGGGAUCAGGUUAUGUCAAAGCAAAAACUAGAUUAUUAAACUCACCCUAUUUUGGCAGAUUAUUUAGCUUGUUUGAAGGAAAAUCUCACUUCAUUUUGACUCAUUAUUACUGAAAACAAAGCAAAUAUUUAGUGCUUGUCUAGAAAAUGCUUCUUGAUUUCAGAGUUUGUAGAUAUUUAGAAUAGAAACAAGACUAAAAAUCCAAAUAAUAAAGUGUUUAUUGCAGUGUUCUGGCAUUGAUGAUCAGCCCUCAGUGAAAUAUACAGCUUUUACCCCACAGACAGAUCAGCAGACGCCUGUAUGUGCUUUUACUUUCUGCUUUAAUAUCAUGUUGAUCAGCAGGGUUUUUUGAGGAAAUCAACACUUCAUCAUCAUGUGUUCACGCAGAGGGAGCGUUACAUCUGCAGUUCUUCUUAUCUUUAUUAUUUUAAACGUUAUUAUUCUUAUUUUAAUCAGGGACCGGCUGUUACAUUGUUCUCUCUCGGCUCUUGUAGUGCUGAAAUGCGGUGACGUAUCAGUAUUUGAGCUCAAUAUAUAUUUAUAUUUUAUGCUUGAAGUGUUUGUGUGGUCUCUUGCUCUCAGUGAUUUCAGAUGUGCUUCCUGUUCAUCAGUGCAGGGAUGUGCUGUAAACACACAACUUAUUUCAAAGCAUACAAACAAACGUGUGUGUGUGUGUGUGUGUGUGUUUGCAGUGUUUAUUUAUUUUGUUGAUGCAUGCAUGAUUCCCUUCUGCUUUGUGUUGUGAGAUUUCUCUGAUAAUCUACAGGGAGCCGCUGAACUUUAUAAAAGAGAAAGUAUUGUGCAUCAGUACAGUAGAGGACUGCUGUUCUUCUUCUUUUCCUCAGGACUUCCUCUCUCCUGACUGUAAAUAGGAGUUGUUCAUCUUGCAAUAAAUGCUCACCGACUGUAAGUGAUGUUUGACCA